CUCCAUAACCUCAUUCAAGACUCAUUACGUGCUAUCAAGCCAUCUUGCGCCAAGGCCACCUAUAAAUACCAAUAUAUCCUAUCAAAGUUCCACACAAGGCUUAUAAACUCAAAGCCCAAACCUCAAAACACACAACAACCCCACAAUGUCCUCCUCAACCCCUCCCUCACCCCCCACCCUCGUCAACAUCGGCACCCACUCCCUCGCCCUCUACACCCACGGCCCCUCCCCUGCCAGCCCCAGCGACCCCGUCCUCCUCUUCAUCCCAGGCCUAUCAAGCAGCCGCCUCGUCUGGGCCGCCGUCAUCCGCCUCCUACCCUCCUCACUGCGCAGCUACACCUACGACCGCUCCGGCUUCGGCAGCUCCGAGCUCUCACCACUCGCUCCCACAGCCGAGAAUAUCGCCCUGGAGCUCUCGUAUUUUAUUGAAAGGGCGCCUAUUACGAAUCCACUUAUUAUUGUCGGGCAUUCAUGGGCUGGGGUGCUAAUUCGUGAGUUCAUCGCUCUUACGGGGAAUGGACAGCAUAUCGCGGGUCUGGUGCUCGUAGAUGCAAAUCACGAGACUACACUGCCGCCGCUGAAGAAGUGGUUAGCAGCUCUCAAACCUCUAGGUGAAGGCCUGGAACCGUACGCCGCAAGGGGCAUAGAGGCAGAGAAGCAGUUGACGCAAGAAGAAUGGGAAGCUUUCGUAGGCGACGAGAGGAGCGAGAAAUUCCAGCUCCAAGCGGAAAAAGAGUUUGCGGCAUACGAGCCCAGUUUCCCCACGCUGCAAAAUAAGGAGCUGGAGAAGAAGCAGCCGCUGCUGGGGGGGAAACCGGUGUUUGUGAUUGGGGGGAAGAGGAGCUGGGAUGGAGUUAGGGUGUAUGAGGCUGGGGUGGAGAGGGGGAAUGGGACGGAGGAGGAGAGGAGGCAUCUUAGGGAGAUGAUUGGGGUUGUGGAUGAGGAGAAUGAUGGGUUGAUUAGGGAGCAUUUGAGGCUGAGUACGAGGGGGGAGAUUGUUUUUGCGAGGGAGAGUGGCCAUUUUGUGCAGGUUACUCAGCCGGAUGUUGUGGUUGGAGGGGUGAAGUGGGUGGUGGUUGAGGUGCAGGCUUCUUCUUAGGUGUGAAAAAUAAAUAGCGAAUGGAU